CUCCCCAACUUGGUCAUUGCAGCUCUUGUGAUGGUGGCUGGGUGCAGGGCUGUGCAUCCUUCGCAGGAAAACAAGGUAUUGUCAACGUAGCUCGCGAUUACGAAGUAUUCUGCGCAAGGUUGUUCCGUUGCAGUCGGCCCGAAGCCGUGGCGUGUGGAGGGUUUCUGGCAAGAAAUAACCUGCAAAGUCUUCUUGUUUACGCCAAGGUCUCAUACUCUCAUAGUAUCAUGGUUCGCGAAAUGUUCUGCGUCUAAGCUGUCGUGUCAUCCAACCAUCGCGCGAACAAUGGCGCUCAUCCUCACCACCAUCGUUUCUCUGGGGGUUUUGUUUCUAUCUACUGCCGCAUAUCGGUUCAUAUCAAACGUCGUAGCCGCAAAGAGCACCGGUCUCCCGGUCCUCGUAUACCCAGUAGACCCAAACAACCUCUUCUGGAUUCUGGUGUCAGUCCCCUUGCGCCCGUGGCUGAAGCGGAAUAUCCCCACGCGUGUCUGGAAGCGCUUGGUGCUCACCAUAUACGGAUGGGAGUUUUACGAAAGGCGUCGCCCAUUCGAUGAAUAUGGAGCCGUAAAGGGCGGGCACAGAACCUUGGUGGUCGCCAGCGCUGGGGGUGUUGAGCUCUGGACCGCCGACCCCGUUGUCGCCACCGAGGUACUGAGACGUACCGGCGACUUCCACAUGCCGGCUUUGACCGGCCUGUUCCUGGGACAUUUUGGCCCUAACGUACUCACUACGAACGGUGAGAGAUGGGCGAGGCAGCGCAAGGUCGUGGCAGCCGUCAUCAACGACCGCAUUUCCAAGGCCAUCUUCGACUCAGCCAUCCGCCAGACGGAAGGCAUGCUCGGGGAGUUAUUCUCAAUCGAGGGCACAGAAAAGAGCCAGACAAACGUUGCCGAAUCCACGGCCUUAUUUGACAAUAUAAAGAGGAUCACUAUCCACGUCCUCAGUGAGGCAGGCAUGGGCGCGGUUGCGCCGUGGCGGCACCAAAGAAGCGAGAGGCCCAAGCCUGGAUUCCAGAUGACCUACAUCCAGGCCUGCAAAGUAGUCAUGGAGCAUUGCACUGGUGCCAUCGUCAUCCCCAACCCCGUGCUCCUGAACUGGCCGUCGUGGCUACCCGGUCAUCAGAGAAUGAGGCAGCUGGGAAUCGGCAAGCGCGAAUUCCCGAUCCACACCGAGUCCCUGCUCGACGAGGAACGCCGACGCAUCUCAAAUGGACAUGCCAUGGGCCCCGAGGGCAGGGCUACGAUUAUGAAUCACCUAUUGCGAGCUUCCGCGACGCAGGGCGACGCGCGCGACGGCCUGACCCAGGAGGAGCUCAAGGGGAAUUUGUUCCUCUUCACCGCAGCCGGUUUCGAGACAACGGCCAACACUCUUACCUACGCCCUCGUCUUGCUCGCGAGGUAUCCGGAAUGGCAGGAUUGGCUCUUCGGCGAGGUUGACAGCCUGAUGAGCCUCGCGGAAGAAGGCCUGGAACCCGACUACGCUGCCGUGUUUCCAAAAGUUAGGCGCAUCAUGGCCGUCAUGCUUGAGACGCUACGCCUCUUCACGCCCACGGUCCACGUGAUUCGGACGAGUCCGACGGCGCAGAAGUUGGACGUGUCAAACGGCACCAUUCUGCUACCGGCCAGUGCCACUGUACUCAUAGACAACAUCGCGUUGCACAUGGAUCCCAAAGCAUGGCGCGAUAACAACCACGAGUCCGACCCAGCCUUCGUACAGGAGAGCACCGGCGGCGAAACUGUUCCCGACGAAUGCCGUUUCCGCCCCUCGCGUUGGAUCGACAACACCGGCAAGGCCGGAAGGACACUAGUUCAACCUCCGAAAGGCUAUUUUAUUCCGUGGGGGUACGGUCCUCGUGUCUGCCCCGGACAGAAGAUGGGACAAGUCGAAUUCGCGGCAGUCAUGCUGAAGCUGCUUCAUCAUCACCGCCUUCAGGCCGUUGCGCUGCCUGGAGAGGACAAGAGAGCUAUGGAGCAGAGAUUGGACGGUAUGAUGCAAAACAGCGUUCCCAAGAUGACUUUAGUCAUGGACGGUGUAUACGAUGUAGGCGAGAGUGGCGGCUUACGUAUGCGGAUCAUGAAGCGGGACUGAAGCGACGAGAUCUCAUAAGCAAUUCUCGAUGAUACAAAAGACAAUUAUAUUGAGGAAUGUAAGAAAACAUAGUUACGGAAAUACACUAUCUUAUACGACAGACACUUUACUCUCA